UGGACUCUUUCCCCCUCCCCCGCCCCAGGAGUCACGUGGACGAUGGAGGAAAUACAGAAUCGCUUCCUUCCGGGUCAGCCCCGGAGUUGCGGCGAGCUCCGCGUGUCUGCCUCACGGCGCUGCAGCAGCUGCUUUUGGCCAAGUCCUCGGAAGCCUUUUUUUCUGGCUCCCCUCAGUCCCUAACUUCCCAGUCCCAUUCCUCUUUCCUUCUUCAGCCUCCCUGGAGGCGGCAGCUUCCGAGAUGAGCUCCCAGAAGGGGAACGUGGCCCGUACCAGACCCCAGAGACACCAGAACGCGUUUAGCUUCAAAAAUGACAAGUUCGAUACCAGUGUUCAGACGAAGAGAAUAAAUGCAAAGCUUCAUGAUGGAGUCUGUCAGCAUUGUAAAGAAGUUCUGGAGUGGCGAGUAAAAUACAGCAAGUACAAACCACUAUCAAAACCUAAAAAAUGUGUUAAAUGUUUACAAAAGACAGUGAAGGAUUCUUAUCACAUAAUUUGUAGACCAUGUGCUUGUGAACUUGAAGUUUGUGCUAAAUGUGGAAAGAAAGAAGAAAUUGUUAUUCCGAUCAGUAACAAGCUAGAGAAGACAGCAGACAUUGAAAGUGAUGAGAUAUCUCACUGCAGGAGAAGAAACAGAAGAUUUGAAGAACAGAGUGAUGACGAAUUAGAUUUUGACCUUGAUUUGAAUGAAUCAGAAGAUGAGGAACAAAGUAAUCAUAGCAGCUAUACCAAAAACAAAUCUGCAAGUGCGAAAACCUAACCAACUUGAAGGUCUUGUACAAAGGCCUAUGAAAUUAUAUACAGGACAAUGGAAAGCUCACUGACCUGGGAUUAGGGGUUGCUAGGUUCUAGUCUUGCCUCUGUUAUUAACCAGUUAUGUAUCCAUAGUCAGAUCACUUGCUUUCUUGGAGACUGUUUUUUUCAUCUGUAAAAUGGCAUCAGUAGAUGACCUGAAAAAACUGCUUCCAGAUCUAGUUUUCUGUCAUUUGGAUUUCAUCAGAAACAGAAUCCAUUCUUAAAUUUCUCUUGGAACAAUAAAAAUGAACUCUUUUUUUUUAAUUCAA